AUGGCCUCCUCGGCCCCCAGAUCCAGCGUGGUCCCGCUCGAGCAGCUACAGAGCUUCCAGGAACACCUGAAUAAGUCUACGCGCAUUCUUGCCCUACUCGGCGCGGGAUUGUCCGCUUCAUCAGGACUGCCAACGUUUAGAGGAGCCGGAGGAAUGUGGCGGACACAUGACGCGACAUCGCUGGCGACACCACAGGCCUUUGAGCGAGACCCCGGCCUAGUGUGGCAAUUCUACAGCUACCGACGGCAUAUGGCGCUCAAGGCCAAGCCGAAUCCUGCGCAUUAUGCGCUUGCAGAGCUAGCGAGGAAGAGGGAAGAAUUCAUCACGCUGAGUCAAAACGUCGAUGGACUAUCGCCCCGCGCCCAACAUCCCAUUGAUAAGCUCAAACUCCUCCAUGGCUCACUUUUCGACGUAAAGUGCUCCGACUUCUUCUGCAAGUACGUCGAGCGAAACAACUACACCGAUCCCAUCGUGCCUGCCCUCGCCAUUCCCAGCGAUGACUCAGAUCCGACGACGACCUCUGCCCUCGCAGCUCGCGAACUAGACAUUUCAGACAUCAAUGUCGCUAUUCCUGAGCUCGACUACUCGCAUCUGCCACACUGCCCUGCCUGCAAAACUGGCUUGUUGCGCCCCGGCGUCGUUUGGUUCGGAGAGGCUCUGCCAAAGGAUGUCAUGAAGGAUGUGGAUGAUUUUAUUGACGACGACCGAAAUGUCGACCUCAUCAUGGUUAUCGGUACAAGUGCAAAGGUAUAUCCUGCAGCUGGCUAUGUGGACGAAGCGCGCAUGAAGGGGGCGCGUGUGGCUGUCAUCAACAUGGACCCUGAAGACAUUCCCGCCGGCGGUUUGUACGAUAAAGACUGGUUUUUUCAGGGUGAUGCCGCGCGAAUUGUGCCUGAGCUACUGAAGAGUGUUAUUGGUGAGAUCGAUAUCGAGAAGAUGGGGGAUGCCGCUGAGGGCUCAUGA